AUGGCCCCCAUCGAGCGUAUCACUAUCUUCAAGAUCCCCAACGAAGGGGACCGGAAACGCGUCCUUGAACAAUACAAAGUACUAGCGAAGACGGCGGUUAAGGAUGGAAAGCCUUAUAUUAUCCAACUCGCUGUCGGACUGUCCGUUCCAGAUCCUCGGAAUAAGGGAUUCAAUGUCUCUGUCAAGGCGACGUUCGCGUCGCUGGAGGAUAUGCAAUACUAUGAUGAGCAGUGUGAGGCACAUAAGGCGUUGAAGGCGGUGGCGGGGCCGGCCAAGGAGGAUGCGGUGACGACGUUUUUCGAGAAUAUCCUUUAA